GGCCCCGAGGACUACGCAAAAACCUGCUCUUCCAUCGUCACCCAGCCGCGUCAAUGGCUUCCGCCCCCCUCCUCCUUCUCUUAUCCGUCGCCGUUGUCGUCGCCUCCGCCGCCGAUCUCACCUCUGACCGCGCCGCCCUACUCGAUUUCCGCGCCGCCUUGUACGGCGCCACCAAUUGGUGGAACGUCUCCGAGGACUCUCCUUGCUCCUGGGACGGAGUCAGCUGCGAAGGCGGCCGCGUCACCGAGCUCCGCCUCCCAGGAUCUAGUCUCAAUGGUUCGAUCCCCUCGCGUACGAUCGGCAACCUCACCGCCCUCCGAGCCCUCAGCCUCCGCUACAACCACCUCUCCGGUACACUCCCUUCGGAUUUCUCCGCCCUCGUCUCCCUCCGCUACCUUUACUUGCAGAACAACCGGCUAUCUGGCGAUAUACCAUCCGUUUUAUUCAGCCUUCCUCAGCUAGUCUACCUCGAUCUCGCCGCGAACUCCCUCGCCGGCUCGAUUCCGGUGGGGUUCAACAACCUUACCGCCCUAGAGGUGCUGUUUCUUGAGCAAAACCGACUCUCCGGAGAGAUCCCUGACCUCCUUCUGUCGAGUCUCGUCCAGUUCAAUGUGUCCUUCAACCAACUUAAUGGGUCGAUCCCCGCGUGGCUCAGGGGCAUGCCGGCGAGCUCCUUCAUCGGGAACUCCCUCUGUGGAAGCCCUCUCGACCCCUGCCCCGCCGAAGGUGGCGGCGGAGGGAGCAAGCUUUCUGACGGCGCAAUCGCCGUGAUCGUUAUCGGUUCCGUCAUCGGCUUUGCCACUCUCCUCGUCCUCAUCAUCUUCCUCUUCUUUCGCAAGAAGAAGAAAAAGGGUUUUCCCGAGGAAAAGGAGGCGGAGAGGAGUCCAUCGGCGUCAGAGACGACGUUGAAAAUCGGGGUUCUGGAUGCCGAGGCCAGCAGUCUCCCAUCUCGUCCUCCUCCGCCGCCUCUGCCCGCAUUGGCUCGCCCAUUGAGCGGCGGCCGGACGCUCGUGUUCGUCGGGAACGUUCAGAGAAUAUAUGACCUGGAGGACUUGCUGCGGGCUUCCGCGGAGGUGCUCGGGAAGGGGACGACCAGCACAACCUACAAAGCUUUGCUGGAGACGGGGUUCGUGGUGGCAGUGAAGCGCCUCCACGACGCCAGCCUCCCCGAGAAGAACUUUCGGGAGAGGCUGGAGGCCAUCGCCGCCUUGGACCACCCAAACUUGGUGUCCCUCCAGGCUUACUACUACAGCAAAGACGAGAAGCUUUUGGUCUACGAGCACAUACCCGACGGAAGCCUCUCCUCCAUUCUCCACGGUAACAAAUCAUCCGGCCGCACUCCUCUGAACUGGGAGACAAGAUUAGAGAUUGCUCUAGGCGCGGCCCGGGGCAUCGAAUACAUCCAUUUCAAGGGCUCUGAGCUUUCUCAUGGCAACAUCAAGUCAUCCAACAUCAUCCUCUCCAAGUCGAACCAGGCCUAUGUCUCCGACGCCGGCUUAAACACUCUGUACUCCACCCCCAUGCCCAGCCAACGCUCCGGUGGCUACCGCGCGCCGGAGGUGACUGACGUCCGAAGGGUCUCCCAGAAGGCCGACGUGUACAGCUUUGGAGUGCUCCUCAUGGAAUUACUCAACGGGAAGCCCCCAACACAGUCCAGCAACGGCGACGAAUGCAUUGAUCUACCAAGACGGGUGAGAUCCGUGGCGAGGGAGAAUUGGAACUCAGAGGUGCUUGAUCCUGAACUGUUGAAGUUUCAGAACGUUGAGCAGGAAAUGGCGGAGCUAUUGGAGCUGGCAAUUGAUUGCACCGCCCCUUCACCACACGUCCGACCGUCGAUGUCUGAAGUUGCAGGCCGAAUCGAAAGGAUACACAUCCGUUCCAACUUGGGAGAUCAACAACAAGGUUAGCUUUCACUUCAAAUUGCAUAUAAUGAUCAUCCAAAAGGAUUGUCUACUCACUUUCUUCCAUGUAUGGACUGAAAUUCGAUGAUUUGCAGUUCAUCCUUGGAAGAACGAUCAUGCUUCUUUCACUUGCUAUAUUUCUGACAGAACUUUUCUUGUGUUGGUUAGCAGUUUGAUGCUGAGCAUGAGUAUAUUAUGUUUACAGUAUUUAAUGUUCUUUCAACUUGAGUUUAUUGAUUUAUUUGAGACUGUCAAUGACUUGUUCCAUUCAAUGGUUUGAAUGUAGCAAUGGAUCAUAUUUUAUCGAGUUUCAAAACUGUCUACAAGUUUGCAAAUGGAUGAUAAGAAUUCCUUCAUUUAUUAAGUCAAACUUUUAUA